AUGCCUACACUACAGGUAAAAAACAAUCGAAACGUUCAAUACACAGAUGAAGCUAUUACAAGCCGGUAUGUGUAUCACACAACGCGGGUGGUAAAAGGAGCCGCUGGAGAAGUAACAGUGGAACCAGUGGACGUCGCCCUGCGAUUUCGUACACUACGCAAACCAGCCAAGUGUGGUGUUAUGUUGGUAGGUUGGGGUGGAAAUAAUGGAUCUACGGUAACUGCUGGUAUUCUUGCUCAUAAAUACGGUGUCUCUUGGCGUACAAAGACAGGCGUUCAACAUCCAAACUACUUUGGCUCCAUUACACAAUCCAGUACAAUGAAUAUUGGCCUCACAAGUGAUAUGGAAGAAGUAUUUGUUCCUCUGAAAGAUGUAGUUCCCAUGUUAAACCCUACAGAUCUUGUUAUUGGUGGUUGGGACUGCAGUGGGAUGAAUCUUGGAGAUGCCAUGCGUCGGGCGCAGGUGUUGGAAGUUCCUUUGCAAGAUGCCUUAUAUGAUUAUAUGAAAGUUAUGAAACCUCUUCCUGCUGUAUUUGAUUCUGAUUUUGUCGCGGAAAAUCAAAAUCAGCGUGCGGAUAAUGUCAUGCAAGUACAAAAUAAAUGGGAGGCGGUGGAAAAACUACGAGCGGAUAUUCGUUCCUUUAAAGAGACGCAUAGCCUUGAAAAGGUUAUUGUGCUUUGGACGGCCAAUACCGAACGUUUUUCGGAUCAUUUAACGGGUAUACAUGAUACCGCUGAGGCCUUAUUGGCUGCAGUGAAGCGUAAUGAGAGUGAGAUUGCCCCAUCUGCCUUGUAUGCAUUGGCCUCUAUAUUAGAGGGAUGUAGUUAUAUUAAUGGGGCACCGCAGAAUACACUGUGUCCAGGUCUGGUGGAACUCGCACGAAAACAUAAUGUUUUUCUAGGUGGAGAUGAUUUUAAGAGUGGACAGACAAAGAUUAAAAGUGCAUUAGUGGAAUUCUUUGUUGCGGCUGGUAUUAAACCAGAGUGUAUUGCGAGUUAUAAUCAUCUUGGAAAUAAUGAUGGAUAUAAUUUAUCAGCGCCAAAACAGUUUCGUUCAAAGGAAAUAACUAAAAGUAAUGUGGUAGAUGAUAUGGUGGCAUCUAAUAAUAUUCUUUACCCUCAGGGUAGUAAAGGACCAGAUCACUGUAUUGUUAUUAAAUACCUUCCAUUUGUUGGGGACAGUAAACGUGCUAUGGAUGAAUAUUCCUUUUCUAUCUUUAUGGGUGGUCAGCAAACGGUGGUUCUACACAAUACAUGUCAAGACUCACUUCUGGCAGCACCACUUAUUAUUGAUCUUGUUGUAUUAACAGAACUCAUGGAACGUGUCUCGGUAACGACAGAUACGGAAGUUGAAGGAUGUAAUGGAAAUACAUCAUCAUCAUCAUCCUAUACACAUAUGGAAACUGUUUUGUCUAUUCUAUCGUACUUGUUAAAGGCUCCAUGUGUACCGGAAGGAACACCCGUUGUAAAUGCCCUUAAUCGUCAGAAACAAGCCAUUGAAAAUGUACUACGUGCCCUUGUAGGUCUCCCUCCGGAUAAUAACAUGUUGCUGGAGUGUCGUGUGCCUUUUUUGCGUAACAUGACUGUAUCGCAUUAA